CCGGUGUCAAAGUUGACCGGCACGACUGUCAUGUCUUUGUUGCAUCUGUAGCACCUAAAGUGUUGUGAAUAGAGGAGCGGGAUAGAUGGGAAAAUAACAGUAAUCUGUACAGAGGGAACAGAUUUAAACCUUACCCGCAGCAGUCAAACGACCCAAAAGAUGGAAGAAAAGCUGAAUGGAUCACUGCCCGUUGUCUCCCCGGAGUAUCUUCAACAGUGGGUUCAGUCUACCCAGCAGUUCCACGCUCUCCAGGCCCAGUAUUCAGGCAUCAACAUGAACCAUCAGUAUCUCUACCCAGAGAGGAAGACGGGAGAGUCAGCCAUGGCACACAUGGCCAAUCCAGAUCCCAUGAUGGAUCAACAAGAACCUGCCAAUCUGGCAAAACCUGCAGCAAAAAAGAGAGGCAGACCAGCUCAACCCAAGGAACCCAAACCACCCAAACCACCUAAAAUACCCAAGGCACCAAAACCGCCCAAGGACCCAAAUGCACCUAAGGCCAAACCCGGUCCUAAACCCAAGAAGGCCACUGAGGCUCAGGCAGAUGGAAAGCAAGAGAAGAUUGAUGAAACCUUCAAGAAAGUGAAGAGGAAAAUUGACCGCUUCAAGGGAAUGUCAGAAGAGGAAGUCAUGAAAAAAACUUUACCAGACCUGCUGGAAUACAACCUGGACUAUGUUAUUAUCGGUAUCAAUCCAGGGCUGAUGGCAGCUUACAUUGGACGAUGGUUUCCAGGACCUGGAAAUCAUUUUUGGAAGUGCCUGUUUCUGUCUGGAUUUACUGAGGAGCAGCUCAACCACAUGCAUGACACCACCCUGCCUGGCAAGUACAAAAUGGGCUUCACCAACAUGGUGGCCAGGGCGACACCAGGCAGUAAAGACCUCUCAAGUAAAGAGUUACGCGAAGGAGGCAAAAUUCUCGUAGAGAAGUUGAAGAAAUACAAGCCUCUUAUUGCUGUUUUCAAUGGGAAAUGCAUCUAUGAAAUGUUCUGCAGAGAGUUGUUUGGUAAAAAACCACAGAAGCUUGAUUUUGGUUUGCAGCCACACAAGAUCCCAGACUGUGAUGUGGCUCUGUAUCUGAUGCCUUCUUCCAGCGCUCGUUGUGCUCAGUUCCCUCGAGCUCAGGACAAAGUCCACUUCUACAUCAAGCUGAGGGAGCUCAGGGAUCAGCUGAGGGGCAUCCAAAGAAGCACUGACAUUGAGGAAGUUGACUACACAUUCAACCUGGAGUUGGCCAAGGAGGAUGCCAAGAGGAUGGCGAUAAAGGAGGAGCAGUAUGAUCCUGGUUAUGAAGAUGCCUAUGGUGGAGCAUACGUAGAGAGAGGACCUGAGGAGGGCCAGGCCCCGGGUCAGACCAACGGUCACUGUACAUUCUCAACUGGAGAAAACACCGAGGGCGCACAGGAGGCCACCACGUCACAAACAGCAGAGGGCCAGCUUCCAGACGGACAGUGGAUGACCCAGUCCUUUGCUGAUCAGAUCCCAGAUAUUAGUGGUGGACCAAAAGAUGGCAGCGUAUGAGGAAAAAGGCUUUGACGUCCCUGCAGGCCCUGACCUGCAGAGACUUCAGCCAGUUCAUCCCUUCGCCUCUUUUGUAAGGUCUUAGAUUGUUUUCCUUUUUAUUAGUGUCCAAGUGGAAUAUACACACACUGAAGGACUUUUUAGAAAUUUUGCAGAACACUCUGCAUUUUAUUUUGUUUGUGAUCUUGAAUACAUUCAUGACAGUCUUUUUAAAUGUGAAAUCAGGGACUUGACAAUGAUGCUUGACUGUCACUAGAAAAGGUCAUGUAUUUAAACAUUGUUUUGCCUUUGUACUGUACUAUACUGCACUGUAAUGCAGUAGGUGUAAACAUUCAUGUCUACUGUUUCAACAGUAGAUAAAACUCCAGAUGGUUAUUUUAUAAGCUUGACUGAUCAGUGUGAGCCUAUGCGACCCUCUAUGUGAAAUGAGGACUUAGCGAGCAUUAAUAUUUUUACAUUCAUGGUGCUAUGAACUGACCACAAUGCAGCGUGAUCACUUGGUGAAACCAGACUCAUCAUGGAUGUUGGAGAUUCCACAGAAGGAAUUUCUGACAAGCCUUCAACAUAAUGUUACAAAACUCAAACGGGUUUUAUUUUAAUCUUUAUCACUUUUUUUGCUUUAGGAGUUUUAGAAUUUUGUAUGUUUAUGGAAAUGUCAUUCACAAGGAAUUUUAUGAAACAUUUGUCCAUUAAAAUAUCCUGAUGAUGCUUUUUCUAUA